CGAGAAGCGAAGGGUGAAGAUGAAGGGGCGUAAAGCACUUCAUUAGCGGUGCAUUGACAUUUUGUGUCGAAGCUCUCUCACCCCACAUCGCCAGCUGGUCUCUCUGUUUCUCGUCCUUCUCCUUGAGCCCUUGGAGUCUCUACUCGAAUAUAUCAUUGCUUUUUGUUUCCAGAGCAAUUGCUUCAUCUUGCACAACUACUCUUCUACCCGAGUCCUUUGCAACAAUCAGCAUUGACUUGUUUUAUAGAUUGCAUUUCGCAGUUGCAGUCACCCCACCGCCCGAGUUUCCCUAUCUCCGCUAUCUAUCGUCAACAAUUCAAUCAUGGCUCUUAUGGAAGCUAAGGUCAAGAGUGUGCUCUCUGGCGACACACUUGUUCUACACAACAUCAAGAAUCCUUCUCAAGAACGUACCCUGAGCUUGGCUUUUGUCAGUGCUCCCAGGAUACGCAGAGAAGGCGACGAACCUGGUGCUUUCGAGUCCAGAGACUUUGUCCGCAAGCUCUGUGUCGGCAAGGUCGUCCGUUUCAGCGUCCUCUACAACGUCCCUACGCCUUCACCUCGCGACUACGGUGUCAUUAUCCUGCAAAGCGGAAAGCAUCUACUCGAUCUUGUCGUACGCGAGGGUUUGGUCAAGCUCAGAGAUGACGCCGGAAAGAAGGAGGACACACCACAAGGCACCGAGCUGCUCGAGAGGUUGCAAGCUCUUGAAAGCCACGCCAAGGUCGAUGAGAAGGGCCUCUGGAAUCCCAGCCAACAACACAUUGACAACGUCCACGACCUUUCCGACCCUCGAGCAUUCUCCGAGGCUUACAAAGGCCAACCCAUUGAUGCCAUCGUCGAGCGUGUCAUCAGUGCUGACCGUUAUAUCUGCCGUCUGUUGGUGGAGCCCACAAAGCACACCCAGACUGUCAUCCUGCUCGCUGGUGUCCGCGCUCCUGCCACCAAGCGCAUCAAUCCAUCAGAUCAAUCAGAGCAAGCUGCAGAGCCGUUCGGUGCCGAAGCUCACCACUUCGUCGAGGAGAGACUCCUGCAGCGUGGUGUUCAAGUCCGCAUCCUUGGUCUCUCUCCCAACAACCUCUUGGUCGGAGAAGUCAGACAUCCAAUGGGUAGCAUCGCUGAAUUCCUCCUGAAGGCUGGUCUCGCUCGCUGCACCGAUCAUCACUCAACAUGGCUUGGUCCUGAAAUGGCCAAGUUGAGACAGGCCGAACGUCACGCCCGGGAUAACAAGCUGGGUCUGUUCGAGGGCCACGUCUCGCAAAGGUCGGCCGGUACAGGCCAGAUCGAAGCCACUGUCAGUCGCGUCUUCUCUGCCGAUACACUCUACCUGCGAAACAAGGCCGGUGCCGAAAAGCGUGUCAACCUCAGCAGUGUCAGGCAGCCUAAGCCAUCGGAUCCCAAGCAGUCACCGUUUGGCGCCGAGGCCAAGGAGUUCCUACGUAAGCGUCUGAUCGGAAAGCACGUCAAGGUCACCAUCGAUGGCAAGAGACCAGCCACCGAAGGCUUCGAUGAGCGCGAGAUGGCCACCGUCACUAUGAACGAUGAGAAUGUGGGUCUUCAGCUUGUUGAACAAGGUUACGCCUCGGUAAUUAGACACCGUAUGGACGACACUGACCGCUCGCCUAUCUACGACGAGCUUCUGACUGCCGAGGAAGCAGCACAAAGUGCUGGAAAGGGCAUGUGGAACCCUAAGCCUCCCAAGAAGACUGAAUACGUCGACUACAGCGCCUCUGUUGACCAGGCUAAGCGACAACUUACUCUCCUGUCUCGCCAAAGAAAGGUCCCCGCUGUUGUUGACUUCGUCAAGAGCGGAAGCAGAUUCACUGUCUUGGUGCCUCGCGAGAACGCUAAACUUACUUUCGUCCUGUCUGGCAUCACCGCACCUCGCUCAGCUCGCAACCCUUCCGAGAAGGGCGAACCUUUUGGUCAGGAAGCACACGAGUUUGCAAACAGAAGGUGUCAGCAGCGUGACGUCGAGAUUGAUGUUGAAGGCACCGAUAAGGUCGGAGGCUUCAUUGGUCAGCUAUACGUCAACCGUGAGAGCUUUGCGAAGCUUCUGGUCGAGGAGGGCCUUGCUUCAGUCCAUGCCUACAGCGCAGAGAAGUCUGGUAACGCAGGUGAGCUCUUCGCUGCUGAGCAAAGGGCAAAGGAGGCCCGACGUGGAAUGUGGCACGACUGGGACCCUUCGAAGGACGCUGUUGAGAACGGCGAAGAGUACGAUGCUUCUGCAGGCGCCGUUGGCCUGAACGGCGAUGCUCCCGUCGAGCGCCGCAAGGACUACCGUGACGUUGUCGUGACUAACGUCGACCCUACCAAUGGACGCAUCAAGAUCCAAGAAGUCGGAACUGGCACAGCUGCCUUGACCGAUCUCAUGAACUCAUUCCGCUCCUUCCAUAUCUCGUCCUCCGCAAACAAGCCUCUCGAACAAGCUCCCAAGGCCGGUGACUUUGUCUCUGCCAGAUUCAGCGAAGACAAUGAGUGGUACCGCGCCCGCAUUCGCCGCAACGACCGCGAGAACAAGACCGCCGAGGUCGUCUACAUUGAUUACGGUAACAGCGAAAACAUUCCCUGGUCGCGCCUCCGCUCUCUCGAUCCGACUCGCUUCGGUAUCCAGAAGCUCCGCGCACAAGCCCUCGACGCCGCCUUCUCCUUCCUACAAUUCCCCACCGCCCCUGAAUACCUCCGCGAGGCCGUCAACAUCAUCAGCGACUCCACAGCCGACCGCCAAUUGGUUGCCAACGUCGACUACGUUGAUUCUCGCGAGGGUACACUUUACGUCACGCUGUUCGAUCCUAAGCAGAGUGACAGCUUGAACGAGAGCGUCAACGCCGACAUUAUCAGUGAAGGUUUCGCCAUGGUUCCCAAGAAGCUCAAGGCUUGGGAGAGAAGCGCUGGAGACAUUAUCGCUGACCUUCAAUCUCGCGAGAUUGAGGCAAAGACCGAGAGACGUGGUCAAUGGGAGUACGGUGAUUUGACCGAGGAUUAGAUGUUUCUCUUUUCUUUCUCUUCACAUCUCAGAGUUCAGGUUUAGAAAAAUUAUCUCUUGCACUUUCGGUCUUUGGUUAAUGAAAGG